AAGUGAGCAAAGAGCAGAGGAAUGCACUUGGAAGUUGCAAGCUUCAGCUGAGAGCUGAGAGUCCAACGUUAUCUUUCCCAAAAGACAAGACAGGCCUAGAUAAAGCUGCUGGGCGAAUGAAAACAUGCCCCAUUUUACUGUGGUUCCCGUGGAUGAUAACUCACAGUCCAACUAUGACAGCCUGGAGGGAAUUAGCUGUGUGGAUUACAGAGACACAGGGCAAGAUGGGUACCCUGGACACGGAGACACCGUCAGCUCUGAUGGGCAUGGUAAUCACAAAGAAGAUGUUCCCUUCCUCAACAGUACAGAUUCAGCAGCAAAGAGGAAUGACUACUAUGACAAGAACUUGGCAUUGUUUGAGGAGGAAUUGGACAUCCGGCCCAAGGUCUCUUCCCUCCUCAGCCGUCUGGUCAACUAUACAAACAUUACUCAAGGGGCAAAGGAGCAUGAAGAGGCAGAAAGUGCUGAUGCUUCGAAGAAGAAAAUGCCAAAGUCUCCAAACAUGGGCACACUGAUGGGAGUUUACCUGCCGUGUCUGCAGAACAUAUUUGGCGUUAUCCUUUUCCUGCGUCUCACCUGGAUUGUCGGCACAGCCGGAGUCGUGCAGUCUUUCCUCAUUGUCUUCAUGUGCUGCUCUUGUACAAUGCUCACAGCGAUUUCAAUGAGUGCCAUUGCUACCAAUGGCGUUGUCCCAGCUGGUGGUGCAUACUUUAUGAUUUCACGCUCUCUGGGUCCUGAGUUUGGGGGUGCAGUGGGGCUUUGUUUCUAUCUGGGAACAACCUUCGCUGCUGCCAUGUACAUCCUGGGUGCCAUAGAAAUAUUUCUUAAAUAUCUGGUGCCGCAAGCAGCCAUAUUUCAUGCCACUGAUGUCCAUGCGGAAAACAGUGUCAUGCUGAACAACAUGAGAGUUUAUGGCAGCAUCUGCCUCAGUCUCAUGGCUGUCGUGGUGUUUGUUGGAGUAAAAUAUGUGAACAAGUUUGCCUCACUUUUCCUCGCCUGUGUCAUCAUUUCCAUUGUUUCCAUCUAUGGUGGGGCAGUGAAAUCCAUCUUCCAGCCCCCGGAGUUCCCGAUUUGUAUGCUGGGGAACAGGACGCUGGUGCGUGAUCUUUUCGAUGUAUGUGCAAAGACCGUACUUGUAGGGAAUGAGACAACUCCCAGUAAGCUGUGGAAUAACUUCUGUAGUUCAGAGAAUGGCAGCAGUUUUCACUGCGAUGAGUACUUUGCCCAGAACAAUGUGACCGAAAUUCAGGGAAUUCCUGGACUGGCCAGCGGAAUUAUCCGAGAGAACAUGUGGGGUGAUUACAUGGAGAAAGGGCAGAUUCUGGAGAAACCCAGUUUGUCCUCUGAAGAUGUCCACGGUUCUAUGGAAUCCUUCAAAUAUUACGUAUCUGCAGACAUUGCCACAUCCUUCACCCUCCUUGUGGGAAUAUUUUUUCCUUCAGCCACAGGCAUUAUGGCUGGAUCAAACAGAUCAGGAGAUUUGAGGGACGCUCAGAAGUCUAUUCCUGUAGGGACAAUAUUGGCCAUUACCACCACCUCCCUUGUCUAUUUCAGUUCAGUGGUCUUGUUCGGGGCCUGUAUUGAAGGAGUGGUUCUCAGAGACAAAUUUGGAGAUGCAGUUAGUAAAAACCUGGUAGUUGGCACGCUCUCCUGGCCCUCGCCUUGGGUCAUUGUGAUUGGCUCGUUCUUCUCUACGGUAGGGGCGGGGCUCCAGUCGUUAACUGGAGCGCCCCGUCUCUUGCAAGCUAUUGCAAAAGACAACAUCAUUCCUUUCCUCAGAGUGUUUGGACAUGGUAAAGCCAAUGGGGAGCCUACAUGGGCCUUGCUGCUCACUGCACUUAUAGCUGAGCUGGGCAUUUUAAUCGCAUCACUGGAUUUGGUGGCUCCCAUUCUCUCCAUGUUUUUCUUGAUGUGCUACCUGUUUGUAAAUUUGGCUUGUGCUGUACAAACUCUCCUGAGAACCCCAAACUGGAGGCCACGGUUCAGAUACUAUCACUGGGCGCUGUCUUUCCUAGGAAUGAGUAUGUGUCUGGCUCUAAUGUUCAUCUCGUCCUGGUAUUAUGCCAUCGUAGCCAUGUGCAUCGCUGGCAUGAUCUACAAAUACAUUGAAUACCAGGGAGCGGAGAAGGAAUGGGGAGAUGGGAUUCGGGGUCUGUCACUCAGUGCUGCUCGAUAUGCUCUGCUUCGUUUGGAAGCCGGACCACCUCACACCAAAAACUGGAGACCACAGCUGCUUGUGCUGCUGAAGCUGGAUGAAGAUUUGCAUGUCAAAUAUCCCAGAAUGCUGACCUUUGCGUCACAGCUAAAAGCUGGAAAGGGCCUGACGAUUGUGGGAUCAGUAAUCCAGGGCAACUUCCUGGACAGCUAUGGUGAAGCUCAGGCCUCGGAACAGGCCAUAAAGAACAUGAUGGAAAUAGAGAGAGUAAAGGGAUUCUGCCAGGUGGUGGUGGCCUCAAAGGUGCGCGAAGGAAUUACCCAUCUUAUUCAGUCAUGUGGGUUGGGUGGGAUGAAGCACAACACAGUAGUUAUGGGUUGGCCUUAUGGCUGGAGACAAAGCGAGGAUCCUCGAGCAUGGAAAACUUUCAUUAAUACAGUUCGGUGUACCACGGCUGCCCACCUGGCACUGAUGGUGCCAAAGAAUGUGUCGUUCUACCCCAGCAAUCAUGAGCGCUUCACUGACGGACACAUCGACGUAUGGUGGAUAGUCCAUGAUGGGGGAAUGCUCAUGCUGCUACCCUUCCUUCUCAAACAGCACAAGGUAUGGCGCAAGUGUAAGAUGCGUAUUUUCACUGUAGCCCAGAUGGAUGAUAACAGUAUUCAGAUGAAGAAGGAUCUGGCAACCUUCCUAUACCAGCUCAGAUUGGAAGCAGAGGUUGAGGUGGUGGAAAUGCAUGAUAGUGACAUCUCUGCAUACACCUAUGAGAGGACACUAAUGAUGGAGCAGAGGUCUCAGAUGCUGAGGCAGAUGAGACUCUCCACAGCUGAGAGGAACCGAGAGGCCCAGCUAGUGAAAGACAGACACUCAUUGGUGCGAAUGGGCAGUUUGUACUCUGAUGAAGAAGAGGAACCUCUAGAUAUAAUGCCUGAGAAGAUCCAGAUGACGUGGACCAAAGAUAAGCUGGACACAGAGAGACGAAACCGCAACAACGCUCCAGAAAACUUCAGAGAACUCAUUAGUCUUAAACCAGAUCAGUCUAAUGUGAGACGGAUGCACACAGCAGUGAAGCUCAACGAAGUCAUUGUGAACAAGUCCCAUGAUGCCAGGCUGGUGCUGCUCAACAUGCCUGGGCCUCCUCGCAAUCCUGAUGGAGAUGAGAACUAUAUGGAGUUCCUGGAGGUGUUGACAGAAGGUCUUGAGAGAGUGCUGCUUGUAAGGGGUGGCGGUCGUGAGGUCAUUACCAUCUACUCAUAACAUGCCAGAUUUUCCCUUCAAAGACUAAUUGGGGGCUAUGUAGAAUAAUAAAUGCUAUUUAAAUUUGAAUUUAGAUAUAAAGUAUCAAUAUUUAGUGAGACAUUUAUAUCUCACAGAGUUUCAGUUGCGAUCCAUUCUAAAUGAAUGCCCAUAUGGCAUUCUCUGGCUGCAGACUUGCAAGUAUUUAAGCAUUAGGAGACAUGGCUCAUGUUCGGGAAUGAUCUACAUUUGCACUAAAGCAUGUUUCAGCUGAUAAGAAACCAGCUUUAUUUACUUGAAAGACUGAAGUCAGCUCAUCUGCUACUCAUUGGAAACUCAUUAAACUAUUUGUAGUUAAAUACUGUGGCAAAGAAUCCACAUUAAACAGGAAGUUCUAUCAGUCUGGACAGGGAAAUAAAAUUGCAUCCACAUAAGUCUGCUGUUUUGAGAAGUGUUACUGUAUAUAACGUUACAUUAAUUCAGAGCAUCUGCAGACACAUCAGUACAUGUGUUUCUGCAGGGUUCUUUCCGACCAGCUUCAGUCCAAACACAAAUUCUACUUGUAGUUUGAAAAGUGGUGAUUUUUAUUUUAUUUAUUUCCUUAUUUAUUUGCUUUUACUCCCCAUUCGCUUAAGAGCAGCAGGAUGUAGAUAAUGGUCAAAGAAAGAGCAUUGAGUUUGUUCAUAAUUUUGGGUCGAAACAUGAAAUGAUUUUAUAACUUAUGACUUUUUGUACUGAAUUUCAAAGACAUUUUAGGUUAAACUUUUGUAAAUGAAAAGAAGGCAUGUUUUUCAUACUUAGGCAUCCACACAACUCACAAUGACAGCUGUGAAAAAAUGAAAAUGAAAAAAUAAAUCAAUCAAUCUCAAAUUCAA